GCUGGCCUCCCGCAGCGCGUGGGCGCCGCCGAGGAGUUCGUGAAGGUGCGGCGGAGGGACCUGGAGCGGCUGACGGCGGAGGUGAUGCAGAUCCGCGACUUCCUGCCGCGCGUCCUGGACGGGGAGGUCCUGGAGAGCUUCCAGAAGCUGCGGCUCGUCGAGAAAAGCUUGGAAAGGAAGGAGCAGGAGCUGGAGCAGCUACGCGUGGACUGUGAGCACCUGCGAGCCCGCCUGGAGUCUGUGCAGGCCGACAGCGUGCGCGAGAGGAAGGAGAAACUGGCGCUGCGGCAGCAGCUGAACGAGGCCAAGCAGCAGCUCCUGCAGCAGGCGGAGUACUGCACCGAAAUGGGGGCGGCCGCCUGCACCCUGCUGUGGGGCGUCUCCAGCAGCGAGGACGUCGUCAAGGCCAUUCUGGGAGGCGUAAGCACCCCGCUCCGUCGGGCGAGGCCGAGGCGCCCGGCCCAGCUGGGUUUCUGGCGUUCGCCCGUCGCCAGCUUCAGAGCUGGCGGCGCGGCCCAGGGAGGCACCGUGGCCGCUCCCAACGGCGCCUGCGGCUCGGCUGCGAUUCCUGCCGCCAGCAGGGACCCCGACGGCUGUGGCGCACGCGCCGGGUCGCCUGCUGGCCGAGGAUCGAGCUCCGUGCACGGGGCCAUCUGGCCUGUGGGUCCAGCCUGGAGCACGGGGCGGGGGCCGCCGAGCAGCGCCGCGGCUGCGAGCUGGGGCGCUUCAGGUGGCCCCUGCCCGCGUCUGGAGCGCGCCCGCCGUAACUCGCCCAUCGCCUUCCGACCGCAGCUCUCGGCCGCUCCGUCCCCUCCUGUGCGGAGCCGGCCCGUAGCGCUGCAGGUGUUGGUUUCCGUUGGGUUCGGAGACAGGCGGCCCCAGCGGCGGCCGGACUGGCCUCUGGGCCCCGUGGCCGUGACGCCGACGCUGCCUUCCCCGUGUCUCGCAGAUGUGGCCGCCAUCGCCUGCGGGCGGGAAUUCCUGGUGAACUCCAGCCGCGUGCUCCUGGACACCAUCCUGCAGCUCCUGGGGGACCUGAAGCCGGGGCAGUGCACCAAGCUCAAAGUGUAGGGGCUCUCGCCGCGGGUCCUGCUGCGGAGACGGGGCGCGAGGGCCGCAGGGCUGCCGGUGGUCCUGGGGGCUGCUGGAGGCGGGGCGCGCUCGCCCGGGCUUCCUGCAGGCCGGGUUGCACACCCUGAGGGCCAGAGGGUGCCCGCGCCCUGCGGCCACCCGGGUGCCGCCUGGUGACGGCAGUGCAGUGGCCACCGAGUCGCCUGACGGAGUCCGCCCCGUGUGCCCUGCUCGCCCGCGGGAGUGCGUGCAGGGUGGGCUUGGGUGUGCGUCCUCGGGGAGCCCGCGGCUGGGGGGCUGCCCCCAGGAGGGCCGGGCGCCCUCUGGAGAGCGCUGGCCUGGAGUGGGCUUCCCGCCCCGGGCGCGGCGCAGCGUGGACCCCCUGCCCGGCGCCCACAGAGGCCUCGGUCUGGCGGCCGGAGCGCUUGCACGUGAAGCCCGGUGCCUCUCCCACCCUGCCGCGGCCCCGGCCUGCGUGACUCUGCCGCCGGUGGCACUCGGCGGCACCCAGCUGCUCUGCAGAGGGGCGGUGCCCAGCAGCCCCAGCUGGCGUCUCUACUCGGGGUGUCACCCAGCUGCAUCAGUUGCUCGGGCAGCCCCGCUUCUGGGCGUUGCCACAGCCCCUGGGCAGGCGCCGCCCUCCUCACGCGGCUGCCGGUGCUGCGCGUGUGGGGGGUGGUGGGGACCGAGGCGCAGGCCUGCCGGCCUCACUGCCGGAGCGUGGUGGCGCCCCGACCUCCCCGCUUGCUGCAGCGCGUUCCUGUUCGCUCGCUGCCUGCUCGGGGCUGGCGGGCCUGGGCAGCGCCAGCUAGUGCUGGUGUCUGACCGGGCACCUGCAGAGGCCGUGCGCCCGCCUUCACGUGCUCGUGGUCUCUGGGGGCGC